UACUGGACCUCAACGACCUCAACCGCAUUUAAAGAGAAGAAAGUGUCUCACGACAGCAAAUCAUAUUUUCCGGCAUAUCAUAAAUAUAAAACAAAAUACGGCGUUUGCAUUGCCGUAGAAUGCUCCGAACAGAACUGUUAAAACGAAAGCCGCCUUACACAAAGGAAAGUGUUCAGAACGAGUACUUCUUUCCACUUGACGUCUGUUCCCGCUGAUAUAGGUAUUUGCGCUCGGUUAAAGCCAAGCCGGAACAAAAAAAAGAUUAGCCUGACUUGAGUGGAAACAGGGAGCGACAACACUCAGCUGGACGACAUUGUAAGCUCGGCGGGUUGGUCGGCUGAUCCUGCCCCAGAGAAGAGAUGCUGGUGACCGUCUUCUGCGCUAUGAGGGACCGCCCGGAAACCACGUUCGCCCUCGACGUGUCUCCGGAGCUGGAGCUCCGAGACUUCGUAGCGCUUUGCGAACUGGAGUCAGGAAUCCCGGCUGACGAAAUCCAGGUACUGUAUGUUGAGCAGCCUUUAAAGGACCCUACUCGUGCCUUGGGCACCUAUGGUGUUAAGGAUGGAGAUGUGGUGGUUCUCAGACAGGCAGAAAGAAGGCCACCACCAACUCAACCAGCCUUCCCAGGUCUGCCACACAUUGACUUUCGUUCCAUCACAGUUCCAGGCACCUCCUCUUCAACCAGUCAAGGUGCUGUCACAAGACAACCACUUCAGGCCCCACCGCAACCACCACCGCAGCAGCGCCCUCAACAACCAUCCUCAUCAAUGGCCUUCCGUGGCUCUGGCUCCUCUCCACAGGGGUUAGAUGAUCCUGCCUUACUUCAGGAGAUGCUAUUGUCCAAUCCGCAUGAGCUGUCACUACUCAAGGAGCGCAAUCCACCUCUUGCCGAGGCCCUGCUGAGUGGAGACCUAGAGCGUUUCACCAAAGUGCUGCUAGAGCAACAACAGGAUCGGGCUCGGAGGGAGCAAGAACGUAUCAGACUGCUGACAGCUGAUCCUUUUGAUUUAGAAGCUCAGGCAAAGAUUGAGGAAGACAUCAGGCAACACAAUGUGGAAGAAAAUAUGACCAUUGCAAUGGAAGAGGCCCCAGAAAGCUUCGGACAGGUUGUUAUGCUCUACAUCAACUGCAAAGUCAAUGGUCACCCUGUGAAAGCUUUUGUUGACUCAGGGGCCCAGAUGACAAUAAUGAGCCAGGCAUGCGCUGAACGCUGUAACAUCAUGCGACUGGUGGACCGUCGCUGGGCUGGGAUCGCUAAGGGUGUGGGCACUCAGAAGAUCAUCGGCAGAGUUCACUUGGCUCAGGUCCAGAUAGAGGGAGACUUCCUACCUUGUUCUUUCUCCAUUCUGGAGGACCAGCCAAUGGACAUGCUACUUGGGUUGGAUAUGCUGAAGAGACACCAGUGCUCCAUUGACCUGAAGAAGAGCGUGCUACUAAUCGGCACAACGGGCACCGAGACUCGUUUCCUUCCCGAGGCAGAGCUCCCAGAGUGUGCUCGCCUAGCAUAUGGGGCAGAGGGGCGUGAAGAUGCCCGUCCAGAGGAGAUAGCUGAUCGAGAACUGGCUGAGGCACUUCAGAGAUCCAUACAGGAGAGCGGACAGCACUGAUGCAUUUGGCGAGACAGCUGGAGAGGGCCUUUCCAACCAGACACUGCAGAUGGACAAACUACCUCAUCGGAACCCCCAUCUUGCCCAUUGCCCACACCCUUAGAUGAAAUACCCCCUUCCCAAACCCCUUCCUUUG